GUUCCCCAGCCAUCGUGUGAGGUGUCCGCUUGCCAGCCAGCCUGUUCGCCGCCAUGGCUCUGCUGUACACCCGCCGGCUGCUUGCCACCCCGCGCCUCGUCGCAGCCGCCACCCGCGCCAGCUCAUGGUGGUCCCAUGUGGAGAUGGGUCCCCCCGACCCCAUCCUGGGUGUGACAGAAGCUUUCAAGCGCGACACCAAUUCCAAGAAGAUGAACCUGGGAGUGGGGGCUUACCGAGAUGACAGCGGGAAGCCGUAUGUCCUGAACUGUGUUCGCAAGGCAGAGGCCAUGAUAGCAUCCAAGAAGAUGGACAAGGAGUACUUGCCCAUUGGGGGGCUAGCAGAUUUCACCCGGGCAUCUGCAGAACUGGCUCUGGGUGAAAACAGUGAGGUUCUCAAGAGCGGCCGGUAUGUCACUGUGCAGGGUAUUUCUGGGACUGGAUCUCUGCGAAUUGGAGCCAACUUUUUGCAACGGUUCUUCAAGUCGAGCCGUGAGGUGUACCUACCCAAACCAUCCUGGGGCAAUCACACACCUAUUUUCCGUGAUGCUGGCCUGCAACUGCAGGCUUACCGCUACUAUGACCCCAAGACGUGCAGCCUUGACUUCUCUGGAGCCAUGGAUGACAUUUCUAAAAUUCCAGAGAAAAGCAUCAUCCUCUUGCAUGCCUGUGCUCACAACCCCACUGGGGUGGAUCCCCGGCAGGAGCAAUGGAAGGAGGUGGCGGCUCUGGUGAAGAAACGAAACCUCCUCGUGUACUUUGACAUGGCCUACCAAGGCUUUGCCAGUGGGGACAUCAACCGGGAUGCCUGGGCUGUGCGGUACUUCAUCGACCAGGGCAUCAACGUCCUCAUAUCACAGUCCUAUGCCAAGAACAUGGGGCUGUAUGGAGAGCGUGCGGGUGCCUUCACGAUUAUCUGCAGCAAUGCAGAGGAAGCCAAGAGGGUUGAGUCACAGCUGAAGAUCCUCAUCCGUCCCAUGUACUCCAACCCACCCCUGAAUGGAGCCCGCAUUGCUUCCAUCAUUCUCAACACCCCUGACAUACGGAAGGAGUGGCUCGUGGAGGUGAAGGGCAUGGCUGACCGAAUCAUCAGCAUGCGGACUCAGCUGGUGUCCAACCUCAAGAAAGAGGGAUCCUCCCACAACUGGCAGCAUAUCACUGACCAGAUCGGCAUGUUCUGCUUCACAGGGCUGAAGCCUGAGCAGGUGGAGCGGCUGAUCAAGGAGUUCUCCAUCUAUAUGACAAAAGAUGGGAGAAUCUCUGUGGCAGGAGUUACAUCGGGCAACGUAGGGUACCUGGCUCAUGCCAUCCAUCAAGUCACAAAGUAAAGACACAGGUGUGCCCUGGAGCUGGUGGCUUUCCCUUCCCCACCAGUUGAAGAUGGGGAGGGAAAGGGAAGAAGCAGAAUACUUCCAAGCACAGCACUUGACGCCGCUGCUGAAUGUAUCUUGUAGAUAAGUUGUUGUAGAAGCCUUGUCAAAACCACCCUGCAGUGUGGAGCAGGGACGUCAUUGCUGGCUCCUGCUUGUCACAGCCGUUCUUCCCUGUUGUCCAUCAGCCCCAGCACCCUCACAAGCUGGAGGAAUCUCCAGCUUCACACUGCCAUCCUACCAGCGGUGGCACCAGAGGCUCCCCCAUGCUUAGCUCUCCAGAAGGCUUUGUGAGGCAGCAGGAAGGGGAUAUGGGAGGCUGAGUGGAAGGGCUGCUCAGACCCACUUCUCUGACCUCCUCACAGUCCCUGCUGCCCACAAGCUUCAUCCCGCUUCAUCCUCCUCACCCAGAACUGGGCAGCACCAAAAGUCUGAGGACUGCUUGUUAUCAAAAUCUGCUCAGUUGCUAUGUUGCUCUUUCUGUCUGGGAAUCAGGUGUAACUCACAGGGGUAUUGGUGUGGGGGGCAGAGCAGCAUCCCUCUAAAUCUGCACAGUUCUGACUUCAGUCAUGUACAUUGACGUGAAACACUUGCGCAUCCUCUAUUCCCAAUAAGAACCUCUGAAAGCCACUGUCAGUCUCUGCCUCUCCCAUUCCCAUCCCAACCCCAGCAGCCCUCCCUGCAGAGCUGAGGCCUUCGGUGGGCCCCAAAGCCAUGAACCAAGGGGUCCACCUUCAUGGUGGGGUGUCCCUCUUUUCUGCUUGGAUCGGUCAAACUGCUGUUGACACUAAAAUGGGAGGGAAAGAUCCUGAGUGAGGCCUGAGAGCUGACGACUUGAAAACCAUGCUGUCCUAAGCUGAGUGUCCCUCAGGCCUGGUGCCUGGACUCUGAUUUUUAAUUCAAAUAAACUGGUGCAUGGCUGUAUUGAGCUAGGGACUUCAUCCUGUCAUCACAUAGUGGGAUCCUGUCCCUGCCACGUAUCAGAUGUUCCCUCUCGGGGACGUGCGAGUGCAGAGGAUCUGGUCUAACCAAUGAAACAUCUCCUGAGGAUCCCAUGUGUACCCCAAAAGCAUGGGGUGGGUGGGCUGUGAGUGCCCAGGAUGGGAAUUGGUGUCACAGAGCUAAAGUUGAAGUCUACUGGGUUGCAUGAGUUCCCAAAGGCUUUCAGCACUGAGCUUGGCCAUGGAGCACGAUGGAGUUUCUUGUUCAUCCCGAGGUUGAAAUAUGGGGGGAUAAACUCUGAGUCUGUCUCAGAUUUCUCCAUCGACUGGCACCUUUCUCCUUUGCAACAGGGCCUUGUGGCUGUCCCAUUCCUGGCAGUGUUCAAGGCCAGGCUAGUCAGCUUGCACCAACCUGCUCUAGUGGAAGGCGUCCGUGCCUAUGGCAGGGAGUUGGAACUAGGUGAGAUUUAAGGUCCCUUUCAACUGCAAGCAUUCCUUAGAAUGACAGCAUGAUUCAGCAGAGCAGUCCUCAUUCCUGCCCAGAGCCGCCAUGUUCUCACAUCCGAAGCGAGAGGAGCCGUUCCCACAUACCGAGGAGGGCCAGAGCGUCCUGUCUCCCUGGUCGGUUUGACAACGGUUUACGCAGCUCCGUGUCCUCUGCUUGCUCCGAUUCGUGCAAUAAACUGCUUUCCGUGCCGCC